AUGAGGGAGGUCAACUUUAGCAUCCCCAAUGUCAAUAAGGCAUCCGUCAAUAUCACAACCACCUUAUACGACCGACGAGCCUUGGAUUGCACAUCGACGCUGCCUCUGAUCAAUUCGCUAAACCACCUGGCGUAUUUAACGACGUCCUCCGGUCGAAUUCGAGAUAUACUCACCGUCGACGGCGGUAUCGAGCGAUUAGUAUGCAUACUCAAGGAGGGCCGCAGUGGUGAUUUGAUGGAAAUGUGGAAAUGGAGUCUUGCUUUUCAGUGUGUGGUGAAUAUUGGCGUACGAGGAUCCGAAGCCGUGCGCACACGUGUUGUCGAAGCCGAUGUCGUGCCUGUGAUUGCUACUAUCCUCGACAAUUACAUUCGAGUCGUGGACAAAGUACGCGCUCGUGCUGAUGCUGAUCGAUCAUCUUCAUCGAGAAUCGUGGGUUCGUCAUCAAACUCUCAUUAUACUCGAGAUCAGUCUUCAUCCACAGCCACUGUCUUUGAACGUUCGGCAGCCAUCGAACAACGGCCUUCGCGUCGACAAGCACCUCCACCUUCCAUUCAGAUUCCCCAGCCAUUUAAUCAAGACAAUACCCAUCCUCCUCAUCAUCAUCACCAUCACCGACAUCAUCACCAUCACAAUAAUAGUAAUAAUAAUGAACAUCAAGCCUCCAACGCCGAGCUCACCCCAUUCCACCAGCCUGCUUUGACAUCUCCACCUGAACGAACCACCUUUGGCCGUGACGUUCUUAAUCCUCGAUCUCAUGAUCUUCGAUACCAACAGAGUCAACAAGAUAUUCGACAGAUGCAACCCCUAGCUACAGCUGUUCCUACAAUGGACACUACUGAUGGAGUCCACCAUCGGCCCGUUCAGCAUACCCUCCGUCUUCCCAGCAUGCAUCUGUCGAGCCCGCGUACUGCUGGUCUCGUUUCUCAACCCGAUUCACCUACAACGCCCAGCGGUCCAGUGCAAGCUCGCAGCGUACCACAGCCUGCUGUUCAGAUCGUGCGACCGACGCUCCGCCAUCUUCAGUCUGCCUCUGGUGACUCGGACGAUGCCAAUGGAGAGGAUUCACCAAUGGCUGAUGAGGGCCCGGCCGGCGUUGUCUCAGAGCCCAUUGUCGGUGUCCAAAAUUCGAUGGAGAUUGACAAUGUUGACGGCGAUGAGUCAAUGCUGGAAAACAACGAGUCUCGUGGCCUCACUAUGGCUGAUCCAUCACGGAAUCAAGAUACCGAAACGUUCAAUAUUACUCAUCGGUCUGCUGUAGAUGGCAGUCUCGUUAACAAUACAAACACACAGACCGCCGGUGCGCUAGGCUUCUCUCCGACAGCCGGGCCAGCGAACGCAAAUUCUCCCGUUAUGAACGUCCUCAACCACAGUCCUUACUCUACGUUUCUUCGCAACCACAAUUCUCCAUUGGGUGUUCUGAAGGGCAUGCCCCGGGACGAAGACGUUCUCAUGGCCUUGCAACUCCUUGCUUACGUUUCCAAAUAUUGCAACCUCCGAAGCUAUUUCCAAAAUACUCAUCUGGUUCCUAAGCUCAAGAUUGGCCGGGAAUUGGACCUGUUGGACGAGCCGAACAAGACAUUCUUAACUGGCGAUCGAGCAGACGAUGAAUUAAUGUCCGAUGUCAAGAACGACGAAGGCAAAACCCGUGCUGACGAUGAGGAAGAAGAGGAGUAUUUACUUCCUGACAAUCUCAAUAUCUUUCCGUUAGUAGAGAAGUUCACCGUGCGACAUCACUCGAAGGAUAUGCAAUACUGGGCGAUGAGUCUCGCGGAGGAAUUCGUCAAUGUGCUCAUUUUGAAUGUGGAAAAUGGGAAGACUACCAGCGACAAUUUGCAAAAUGUCGACGUUGUCGUCGGACCAAGUACUGCAGCAAAGAAUGUCAAAAAGCCGCCUGGAUCUGGCAUCGGCAUUGGUGUCACACCUCACCAUAGUCCCGGUACUGCCCAUUUGCUUGACUUUAAUGAUUCUCCGCAUGUCCCGUCAAAUUGCAUCUAA